AUGGAGACGGAAUUUUUCUCACAAGUGGGACAGAAAACUGAAGCGGGAGAUUCAAGGAAAUCGCCGAGCCCUUCGAGAUCUCACAGUGCUUCUAGAUCCCCAUCUGUCGAAAACGAACGUCCAACGAGUCCAAAGGACUCCAGAUCACCUUCAAAACCCAAGUCGCCUGUUCGCUCUCGCUCGCGUUCUCGCUCGGUGCCGGAGCGUGCUCCGCGGUCUCGGUCUCGUGAGCCCACUCCAGUGCGCAGUCGCUCUCCUGUUCGUCGAGGUGGAGCAGAACGUUAUGGAACAAACCCGAAUCACUGCUCGUUGAUUGUGCGAGGUUUCCGCGACGUCGUCGAUCGUUCUGAGAUUCAAAACAUUUUCUCCAAGUACGGCAACGUCCACGACGUGCACAUUCCGCGUGAUUACUAUACGCAUAAACAAAGAGGCUUCGCCUUCAUCGAAUUCGAGAACCGUGAGCAGGCAGAGGACGCCAUCAGCCAUCUGGACGGCCGGAGCGUGUGCGGCAGCACCGUUUCUGUCUCCAUCGCGAAGAACAAUCGCAAAACCUCCGCCGAGAUGCGUCGCCUCUACCCCUCGCGUCGCAGCCGAUCGCGCAGCUAUCGCCGAUCGCGCUCACGAAGCUAUCGCCGGUCACGGUCGCGGUCGCGAUCGCGACGCAGUCGGUCGUAUCCCCGACGGAGCCGGUCGCCGUCGUAUGAUCGCCGUCGAUCGUACCCGCGACGCAGCAGCUCGCGAGGCCGGUAUGAACGCCGCCCGUACAGUCGUUAUGAUUGA